GCCAUGUAUUCAUUCAUGACCGGAGCCAUAUUCCUCACAGUGUUUGGCAAUCUGGCCAUGGAGCUGAAAUUUACUGGAAUCAUUUUAAGAAGAGAAGAAACACCAACUCAUCUUCCUAGAGAGGAAUUUAAAGUGAUAAAACACCAUGGAUCUAACUUAUAUUCCUGGAAACUUGUCCAGUUGUCCCAAAUUUGGAAAUAAAUCCUGUCCUCCCACCAGCCACCAUUUUCAUGUCCGAGUGAUAAUGUACUCAAUUAUGACCGGGGCCAUGUUUAUCACUGUCUUUGGAAACUUGGUUAUAAUAAUUUCCAUAUCACAUUUCAAACAGCUUCACUCUCCCACAAAUUUUCUGAUCCUCUCCCUGGCAACCACUGACUUCCUGCUUGGUUUGGUCAUCAUGCCAUACAGCAUGGUGCGAUCGGUAGAGAGCUGCUGGUAUUUUGGGGAUGGCUUUUGUAAAUUCCACACAAGCUUUGACAUGAUGCUAAGCCUGACCUCCAUUUUCCACCUCUGUUCCAUUGCUGUUGAUCGAUUUUACGCUGUGUGUUACCCUCUACACUACAUGACCACAAUGACCCCCUCCAUGAUAAAGCGGCUGCUGGCAUUUUGCUGGUCUGCCCCUGCUCUUUUCUCUUUCAGUUUAGUUCUAUCCGAGGCCAAUGUUUCUGGUAUGCGAAGCUAUGAGAUUCUCGUUGCUUGCUUCAAUUUCUGUGCACUUACUUUCAACAAAUUUUGGGGGACAAUAUUGUUCACUACAUGUUUCUUUACUCCUGGCUCCAUUAUGGUUGGUAUUUAUGGCAAAAUCUUUGUCAUUUCCAAACGGCAUGCUAGAGUUAUCAGCAACAUGCCUGAAAACACAAAGGAGGAAGUGAAAAAAAAUUUGUCUAAAAAAAAGGACCGGAAGGCAGCUAAGACCCUGGGUAUAGUAAUGGGGGUGUUUCUAGCUUGCUGGUUGCCCUGUUUUCUUGCUGUUUUGAUCGACCCAUAUCUAGACUACUCCACUCCCAUAUUAGUACUUGAUCUUUUAGUGUGGCUUGGGUACUUCAACUCUACCUGCAACCCCCUCAUUCAUGGCUUUUUUUAUCCAUGGUUUCGGAAAGCUCUUAAAUACAUAGUGUCAGGUAAAAUAUUUAGCUCCCAUUCAGAAAGUGUGAAUCUGUUUCCUGAAGCACAUUAA